AUCCCCCCCAAAAAGAUGUAUUCCCUGGACUGCUUGAUUUGAACUUGACAAAAAAAAGCACAAGCAGUGAGUUUUCAAAGCAGUGAUGUAAUUUUAAACACAUCUCCAUGUGUGAGGGUCCUGUCUGAGAGUCUGUGCCAAACUGCACCACCUGUUUUUGACAGUCAGAGUUUGAGUGAUGCAGCAACCGAAGCGAGGGCGACAGACAGCAGCGUGACUUAGUUUGAUGGCAAUAACGAGAAGAGUUUCCUCCAAGCUUACAGAUGACAGACAAGAAACCAACCCCAGAUGCUGUAGAUGUGGUGAGAUGUCAACCACAAGUCAAUGUCAGCAACACAGAAACAGAAGAAGAAGGAAAAAAGUGCCCAUGUGCAAACAGGACGUGGAAGACCCCGUCUCUCCAGGAGCUGGAGGAGGUUUUACACUCAGCUCCACGCUCCUGUCGCCACGGAGAUGAGGUGUGGCCGAAUCUGUAUCUGGGAGACAUGUUUAUGUCUCACGAUAAGCUUGGGCUGUGGCAGCUGGGCGUCACUCACGUGUUGAAUGCAUCGCAUGGAAAACUGUGCUGUAAGGGGAGUGAUGAUUUUUAUGGAACCACAGUAAAAUACUACGGAGUCCCAGCCAACGACCUGCCAACAUUUGACCUUUCACCUUUUUUCUACCCUGCUGCUGAGUUCAUUCACCAGGCUUUGACGUCAGGAGGAAAGGUGUUUGCCCACUGCGCCGUGGGUGUGAGUCGCUCGGCUGCUUUGGUCCUAGCCUACCUGAUGAUUCAUCACCACCUGAGUCUUCUGUCCUCUGUGCGCUGUGUGCAACAGAAACGCUGGAUCUUUCCAAACAGAGGCUUCCUGCGACAGCUUAUAGCUCUAGACCAAAAACUGCAGGGCGAAGGAUUGCAUGAGGGAAAGUGAACAACCCUGCAAAAGAAAU